AACAGCCCUGCUCAUGUCUCAGCACACUAGUCGCUCAAAGGAGCCCCUCACAACUCUCGCUGGUGCCCCUCCGCUGACGUAUCGACCCAUUGCUCCAGCGCCCAACCCAGUGAUCUGCGUUGAUCCCGGGGCGAAUCGAGCUUGGUCUGUUCCUAUAGCACCUCCGUCGUAUCUCCCGGAUACCUUCGACCAUUCGUUUUCGGCCGAUACUCUUUAUCCGAUCGCCCGUCCCCAGUCCGCUUGUCCUCAAUCUACCCUCAAUCUGCCAGUCAACUUGGGCCCAUCUCCGACAAUCCCCAGCCAAUUGCCCUUGUCGCACACCUUGUCGCACAAGAGGUCCGCACAUAAGCGAAACAACUCGGCCGAAUACGAUUCCACGAAUGAAUACCUUGGAGGGGGUACCUCUGCUAGCGAACGGGUAACUGUAGAACGGCUGACCACCCUCUACGUCGAUCCCGAAGACCACCCAGCAUAUAAGAACCUCCAGGAGAGAAUACACCAGUCACAGAAUGAACAAGAUCGCUGGGAAGCAUGCACAGCAUUUCAUCAACGUUACAAGACGCUCAAGGGGCCUAUUGCUAAGCUAGGGGACGAGAUCGACAAGCAGAGGAGGAAGCUGGAGGAGAAAGAGGCGGCCCGCGACGACAAAGGAUCCAACCUCGACGCGCUCAUCCUACUGGGCACAUCGUUCAUGGUAUCCAAAUGCGAGCGCUUCGACCAGAUUCGCCGGUCUUACGAUGUUGCCAGGCGCAAGCGAUCACGGACUUCUGCGGGAAGCGAACAGAGUGCUACGGGCGAAGAUUGGGCCGACUUUCUCAACGACCACGGUAAAGCCGCCAGAGAGCUGCAGCAGUGCGAGAAGGCCCUGGAGUAUAUCGCUACAACCUGGGGCGACGACAAAAUCCGGUACUACGGCUGGGCGACCAAACCAUUGGCCGUUUGCCAGCUCCUCAAGGCUACCGCCGUGGUUGUUCCGACGUGGGAAGAGGCUGGCAUCAAGCUGAAUAGACUGAGGAACUACCGUGACCGAAGGGUCAGGAACCCUAUCGCAUCUAGAAAGAGAUCCAUCUCGUGGAAAGACCUGAAGCAGUUAGGACAAUGGCAGGGGCAUGGCCACUUUGAGAUACUGCCGACCAAGAUGAAUGGACGGAAUGUGAGGGACACCAUUCCUUACGCACUGCUAGGAACAGACGACUUUAAUGCUGAUCGCCUUGGUUUUGAUAAGUUCGGAAUCUUGGUGGUAAAGACAAUUGGAUCUGAUACUGAACCUGUCAUGACAUUCUCUGUGCCGCCAUGGGGGGUGGCCCAAAGUCACAGCGUUGCCCCAGCGGCGGAAGAACAAGCCAUUGGGUUAGAGUCUCUGCCCAACAGCCAAGAUGAAGCACCUCCUGCAGCCUCUCUUCGAGGCUCAGCUCGCCUGGCGGCACGUCAGCCCACAUCUUACUCUGCCCAGCUCGCUCCCACAGCAAGCUCCUUAUUCCACCGGACGAGAAAAACGCAAAGCACCAGAGAACACGCGUUCGGUGGUGAAUCAGAGGAUGGCCUGGGUCGGGCGCAGGGCAAUGAGCGUGGCCAACAGCCUAAGAGACCAAUGGUUGACGCCGUCACCGAGACUGAUGGUAGCUUGUGGGAAGAUUUUGUCUUGGCGAAAGCGAGAGCCCUGGCCAGCGCAUCGCAGGACCGUGUCGUUGCAGAUGACACGUCAGAGACGGGCAGCCUCCAACAAAAGGACGAAGAAGCAAAGCGGUCGACAAAAGGUCAUUCAGCUCUCGAGCCCAGACACACUGCCCCUGUUGUACAACAAGCUGCACAGCUAGAACAGAGUCCACCAGUCCCCAGGACAAAAAGGUUCUCUAUUGACUUGGAGUACAAUCAAGAGUUCAAGAGGCUAGCUCUCGAGGAACUCAACGAAACAGGCGACCAAGAAUGCUGGGGGGCUAAGAACAGUAGAUCUUGCCGUCACUACCUGUCCAGAAGCUCCUGUCCAAACACUGACCAAAUUCAUGGCCCAGUGGAUGCACACUUCAGUACACUGGGCGAGGCCGAAGGACUCGUGGACAGAACGACUCCCAAAGUACCCAUCUUCACGCGAUGCAGCAACGCUGGCAACUGGAAGCCUGACCUGCGACCUACUGUGGACUAUCUCACCCGGGCUGAGAAAGUCCAGACAACAAAGGUUUAUGUUCAAAAGUAUUCUCUUGAUACGGAAGAGGAUUCCUAUUCAACCGUCACUCUAUGGGAGCUCGUCAUCCACUUCUUGAGGAACGAUCACGGCGUCGAUGGGCUUCAGCUGUGGAAUGCAUUGGAGCUGAAGAACCAUCUCAAACAACGCCACGUGCCAGAGUUCCUGAGGAACACCAAUUGCGACCUCCUGGGCGAGAUGCGACGACGUGCAGAAAUUGCAGGAGAUGCGAAAAAUGGGAGAAAGAAGAAGGUGGGAAAGCUUCCAGCGAAAGACCCUCUGCAUUUCGCUUUGAUUGCCGACGGUGGGAUGAACACCUACCCUCACAGUGACAGCCACGGAUACUCGACUUUUCUGACUGUACAAGAGGGGGAGCUUAUAUUUGGGUGGCUCUCCCGUCAAGAUGAAGAGACCUGGGAUGGCUGGGCUGAAGACCCCGAGUUCUUUGAGGGAGGCAACUGGUGUUAUCUCGUCAUGAAAGCCGGAGACAGCGUCUACUUUCCUACCGGCACCCCACACUACAUUGUACGGAGGAAGGGAACGCAGACCUUCAUCCUCGGUGGGCAUGCCCUUCAGUGGUCGAACCUGGAUGUGUGGGCUUCAUUGUUGCGGAAGCAGAUUGACAAUCCUGCAACGGUAAAUGAGGACACCAAUUUAGUAACGACCAGAAGGUAUGUUGAAGCCGCAAGGAGCUUAAUCACAGAAGCGGUCGAAUGUAGGGACGAUCGGCUCGGGUAUCUCGGUGGAAUUGAAAAGGCGAAACGGACGCUUCUGGAUCUGGAGGUGAGACAUCGGCACCUGUUGGCGCUCAGGUCAGCUAACAGCGUUUGGCAGGAUCUCCAAAAGAAGAUUGAGGAGAAGGAAGAAGGCGAGAAGGGUAAGCAAGUGUGACAGGAAGGAGUAUGACAGGAAGGAGUGUGACAGGAAGGAGUGUGACAGGAAGGGAAUGAGGGAAGGGGGUGAUGACGACGAGAAACACGAGUAAAACGCCUCGUUGGAUGUAGGGCUAAGGGCUCGGGGACGGAACGUGGUAAUUCCAGUAGACGGCGGGUCAUUUCGAUAUUGGUGAUUGCAAAAUGAGGUUGAAACGAGCUUGAAAUGAGGUUGAAUGGGGUUGAAAUGAAGGCUGGUAUUUCGACGCUGCUGACGAGGCAACUCGUUGUCAAAUGCAUAUGCUGGUGGGAAGCCGACGAGGCAGCCGUAGGCGACAUGGGG